AUCAAAUACCUUUUUUUUUUUUGGUAAUUUAUUUAACCUUUAUUCAAACAAAUUGUUUGAAAUUAGUUUACAAGAGUGUCCUGGUCAAGUCAUUCCAUCAGCAGCGAUGAAGCAGGAGCUUGCGGCCGUGUUUGCGCUUAUGAAGUUGCUGGUAACCAAGUUGCAUGUGCAAAAAACUGAGCUUUUCAUUGAGAAGCUAUUGGUUGCCUUAAAGGAGAAAUUUCAGGACCACUGGUACCCGGACAAUCCCAGUAAAGGACAAGCGUAUAGGUGCAUUCGAGUGAACUUGUCCAACAGUCAAGAUCCAGAACUUAUGCGGGCCUGUAAGGAGAGCGGGGUUCAAUUCUGUGAGCUGGGAUUGCCGCCUGUCCUCACUUUAUGGGUGGACCCCGGUGAAGUGGCCUGCAGGAUCGGAGAGGACAACCCUUGCUUCUCGGUGGCCAGGUUCCCCAACAACAGUAAAAGUGGCGUUGAAGACAGCUCGUCUUCAGGUAGCGACUCGGACUCGUCAUCCGGAAUGCAUCUGCUUUUCGACUUCCCGCCUGGUAUGCUAAGGCCUUGCUACCAGGAAAAAGUCAUAUCCUCCCUCGGGCUCACUAAGGCUUCAGAGGCCUUGCAGAAGAGGCCUGGAUCCUUCUUGUUUUCGUUUGUUCAUAUUUUAUACAUUAAAACAUGUCAAGAAUGCAAGUCAGCUUCUUCAUAUUGAGCAUUUUCUCUAUUGCACAUGAUGCUGUCAAUGUGCAAGAAAAUAAUCGCUCAGGCUCUUGCAUUGCAUUUAGGAUCUACUCUGUCUGUCGAGAGACAUUUG